GAAAAUUUUAGGUUAUUGUUUUGCUUUCAAUUUUAAAAUCGCAAACGAUGUGGGUAAUAUUUUUUCUUAGUUGUGCGAUUUUUAAUACGAGAGGCAUGGCCAGGUCGUUUUAAUUUCCCUACGACUGCUACCGAUACGGUUCGUUUAACGCUUGUUUUCACGGUUUUUCAAGGAAAAAUGACUUAGACCAUAGAUCACAUUCUAAUAGGUCUUACCUAGGCAGUUGGACAACCAGCGUAUAAAUACAGAUGGUCACAGAACCACCUUGGGCUAACGUGGGAUAAGGCAGCUAUAGAUGGAGUGUCAUUAAAAAAAAUUUAGUGUCAGGUCUGGAUUCGCUGAGAACUUGGGAACCUAAUCUUCUUGCGGCUAGCAGAAACGAAAUGAAAUUUCAAACUACAGGAAGUGUUUAUUGAUUUUAAGUAUGAUAUUAAAUACUGCCUAUGUAAAACUUUCUCUUCGAUCCAGCUUAACUUUUUUUUUUUCUAUUCAAUUUAAGGAAGCGCACAAGGAUUUCGUAGAUCAUCGUACCAUUUCUUAAAUAUUUUUGUUGUAUAAAUGAUUGCCUAAAGCGUGGACGAACAUAACAAGAUUGCCUAAUGGAAAUGUACGCGUGCUCAUAGCAAAGUGUCUUUAUCUGAAAAUUUUCUGUCUGAACAGGCUUAUUAGUAGAAACAUUGGUGCCAGGCUUUUUAAUUAUAUAUUAAUGCUCCGCUAAUUACGACAAAUGGAGUGCUGUCUCAGAGAUAAUCACAGGUAGACCCAAGAUACGAAGCUAGCAUGGGGGGAUUGUGGUCCAGUUGUCAUGGGGUUCGAUGGUGCUAGUCUACUGGCCAUUUUUAAAUUAGCCUCUUAUUUAUUCUCUGCUAUCAACAGGCACCUGUGCAAUUUACAAGUAAAUUUUGCUAGUGGUCAGUGCACCGAUUUGUUCCCUACGAAAAUUAUACGGUGUCCUCCCACUGAACAUUUUCCUUUGGCUCACUGUCAACCUAUUUUACAAGGUUAAACAGAGCGUUCAACUAUUGCGUCAUUAGUAUUAAGACCUGCUCCGGCCUACUUUUUAUUACUGGAAACCACAUCACACUACCACUGUGGGCCCUGCGGAAGCCUCGUUAUCGCCGACAGGUCAUCAGGGGCCCAGUCAGAAUUAAUUACGAUGUUCGACAAACUCUCUGUAGUGUCGACUAAUGUGGAGUAAGAUCCGUGUACGGAUCUGAGGUAGCGUUCCAAAUCUGUUUGAUAAAGGCCAGUUCCGUUGUGUGUUAAUUAGACUAAUUUCUGUAUCUCAGCGCAGUUCGUUCGAUCUUAGCAACAUAAUAACCUUGUGUUGCUAAGGGGGUGUGAUUCGCGCACCUGGGCGUAUUAUUCGAUACGCCCACCUGGGCACUCGGUGCCAGCCAUAAAAUUACAGAAGUAGCCGACUGCAGCAUGUGAGUGGUCUAAUACUGCAUUCGAAGUUUGGUAGACGCCGUAUGGUUUCUGCCUGGUUUAUUCGGCUACCCGAGCCAAAGAUGCUUGACUUAGCGGUCCGCUUGCGGCGCUAUCUUCUUUCCUUCAAGGAGAGGCAGUCACCUGCACAGCAUUCUUCUCGCCAGCGCGGCCACCUCGUCUAAUCGUAUGGAACUAACUCAUUUCGACUCACCCGUUCUAAGCAUAACGUACCUUUGCGAUAACAGCGACUGCGCAAUUUUGCGGAUCUUCGUUGCUCCUAGGCAAAACGGAACGAGCUAUCUGCAGGCCAAAAAUUUUCCCAUCGCAGUCGAAACUAGUAGCAACAAACAACUCCAAUAUAGAAAAAGAGGCGUUCCAAGACACUGUGCUACCAUAUGAGAAGAGUUUUCAGUCGAAUGCUAUAUGACAUAUAAAAAAAUUGUGCGGAUUAUCUGAAUAUGGACGUUGUACGUGCACGGUACGUUUACCAUUGUUUUCAAUAAGCUGACAGUGGCGCACGACAUACCCGACGGGUGAUCUCAGCUGACCUUAGGCGUGAUUUAAUCUAAUAAACUAUAACGAACGGACGUUUUGAGCAAACGUGUAGUUCAAGCUCGCAGUCAGUCUUGCCUAGAUUAUUAGCAAGGAAUGGGGGCUGCGCUUUGUACAAAAGACGAGAAGGCCGCGUGCGUGGAUUCACAAUGUGGCGGAGAUAUUGCCCUGAUCGGUCUGGCUGUAAUGGGGCAAAACCUUAUCCUGAACAUGAACGAUCAUGGGUUUACGGUUGUUGCAUUUAACCGUACCGUAGCGAAGGUAGAUGAGUUUCUUGCUAAUGAAGCAAAAGGAACAAAGGUAAUUGGAGCUUGCAGUCUUGAGGAUAUGGUCAGCAAAUUGAAGAAACCCAAAAGAGUCAUGCUCCUGGUCAAAGCUGGAUCAGCUGUGGAUGAUUUCAUUCAGAAGCUUAUCCCGUUGUUGGAACGGGGCGACAUCAUUAUUGAUGGUGGAAACUCGCAAUACAAUGAUACGGAGCGUCGAGUGAAGGAAUGCCAGAAGAAAGGAAUCCUGUUUGUGGGCUCCGGCGUUUCAGGUGGCGAGGAGGGCGCUCGCUUCGGCCCAUCACUGAUGCCUGGCGGACAUAAAGACGCCUGGCCCCAUAUCAAGCCUAUUUUCCAAAGCGUUGCCGCUAAAGUGAGUGAUUCGAAAAAAGCCGACCUGUUGGAUCCGUGCUGCGAUUGGGUUGGUGACGGAGGUUCGGGCCACUACGUAAAAAUGGUCCACAAUGGCAUCGAAUAUGGAGAUAUGCAGCUUAUCUGUGAAGCUUAUCAGAUAAUGAAGCAGGCACUUGAUAUGACUCCUGAUGAAAUAGCUGACGUUUUUGAAGAAUGGAAUAAAGGAGAGCUCGAUUCAUUCCUUAUCGAGAUUACCAGUAAAAUCCUUCGCUACAAGGACGAAAAAGGAGAACCGCUUGUUGAGAAAAUUCGCGAUACGGCUGGCCAGAAAGGCACAGGGAAAUGGACCGCAAUUGCUGGACUCGAUAAAGGAAUUCCCGUUACCCUCAUUGCUGAGUCCGUAUUUGCGCGCUGUUUGUCGUCAUUGAAGAGUGAGCGCUUUGAGGCGUCCCAAUUGUUGCGUGGACCCGCUACGACUACUUACGAGGGCGAUCGAACUGCGUUCAUUGAGAACAUUCGAAAGGCACUGUAUGCGUCGAAAAUUGUUUCUUAUGCACAAGGUUUUAUGCUUUUCCGCGAAGCAGCUAAAAUUUAUGGAUGGUCGCUUAACUAUGGCGGAAUCGCUCUCAUGUGGCGCGGCGGAUGCAUCAUUCGCAGUCGUUUCCUAGAAGAUAUCAAAAAGGCCUUCGACAAGAACUCUGAGCUGACGAACCUUCUGCUGGAUAACUUCUUUACCGAAGCCAUUCAUCGCUGCCAAUCGUCGUGGCGUACGGUCGUAGCUACCGCAGUUCAGCUUGGCAUUCCAACACCUUGUUUCUCGACAGCGUUGGCCUUUUAUGACGGCUUCCGUUCGGCGCGUGUAUCAGCUAACUUAAUUCAAGCCCAACGGGACUUCUUUGGAGCUCACACCUAUGAGCUGGAGAACGCUCCAGGUAAAUUCGUACAUACGAAUUGGACAGGAACCGGUGGGAACGUUUCAUCGUCGACGUAUAACGCUUAAGCAUACACAUCGACUACCCUAUGCGCAAUCUGUGUAGAAUCCGUUCCUAAACUGAUUUAAUCUCUGGGGCGUUGUUGUGUUUGACAGAAAAAAAAAAACACUUUUGAAAGGACAAGCGCAGCUCCCGUAGAGAUCAGUAACUGUUACAGUGAACGGACAAAGAAAGAACAUUGAAAAAAAAAA